AUGCUGUCUAACCAAGCACGUCGAGUGCAGCCCGCCCAAGUAUUUCGAGCAUUCCAUACGACAUGUCGCAGGCGACGAGAGUUAUUUGACCCUGCAGCCGUAGAACGUGCUUCUGACGAAGUGGAUGUAUGCAUCGUGGGAGCAGGUCCAGCUGGCUUGAGUGCAGCUAUCCGUCUCAAGCAGCUGGAGAAAGAGAAAGGGAAGGAAUUCAGAGUGGUGGUCCUUGAAAAGGGACCUGAACCUCGUGCUCUUAAUGAACUUCUUCCAGAUUGGUCAUCUCGCGAUGAUCAUCCUCUCACGCAACUUGCAACGUCUUCGAAGAUGCGCUUUUUGACAAACUCGCUGGCCAUUCCAAUUCCCCAUCCACCACAGAUGUCAAAUCACGGGAACUACAUCUUAUCUCUCUCCAGAUUCACUGCUUGGCUGGGCAGCAUCGCCGAAGAGCUAGGCGUUGAGGUUUACCCUGGCUUUGCGGGUGCUGGAGUGGUUUACGGAGAUGAUGGAAAGACAGUGCAGGGGGUUCGGACAAACGAAGUAGGAAUCGAUAGACAAGGCAGACUGAAGGACUCUUUUGAGCCUGGCAUGGAGUUCCGGGCGAAGGUGACUUUAGUGGCAGAAGGAGCUCACGGCUCUCUUUCCAAGGAGCUGAUCAAUAAGUUCGACCUUAGGAAAGAUGCCGAUCCACAAACAUAUGGUAUCGGCCUAAAAGAGGUAUGGCAAGUAGACCCAAGUCAAUAUCGUCCUGGAGAAGUUAUCCAUACAAUGGGAUGGCCUCUGGACUAUAAAACAUAUGGAGGCGGUUGGGUAUAUCACAUGGCCGAUGGUCUCGUCAGUUUGGGCCUCGUCAUUGGCUUGGACUAUACCAAUCCAUAUAUGAGCCCCUAUAGAGAGUUACAGCGGAUGAAACAUCACCCGUACUUUACUCGUCUCCUCUCCGGCUCUUCAACGAGAAUAGCAUAUGGAGCUCGUGCUCUAAACGAAGGCGGCAUUCAAUCUGUCCCUAAACUGAACUUUCCUGGAGGAGCGCUAAUCGGUUGCUCCGCCGGGUUUGUGAACGUUGCCAAAAUCAAAGGGACACACAACGCAAUGAAGAGCGGGAUGCUCGCUGCAGAAGCGGCAGCAGAUGUCCUUGCAUCUGAACCAUCACAGUCUGAGUCGGAGGGCGUUGAUAUGAGCAGUUAUGACACAGCUCUGAGAAACAGUUGGGUGUGGUCAGACCUGCAUGAAGUGAGGAACCUUCGUGGAAGUUUCAACACCCCACUAGGCAUAUGGGGUGGCAUUGCAUACUCUGGUGUCGAUUCUCUUUUCCUCAAGGGGCGCACACCCUGGACCUUCCGUAAUACCUCGAAAAUGAAUGAUGCUCAGCAUACUGAACGUGCUUAUCACCACAAGCCUAUCGACUACCCAGCUUUUCAGCCUCCGCUCUCUACUGAUCUACUCACCUCAGUGGCUCUAACUGGAACCAAUCACGCAGAAGAUCAGCUGAUACACUUGCGUGUGUGUAAAGGUGGAGACGAGUCCAAAGAGUUAAGAAAGAAGCAUGUCAAGGAGAACGUAGGGGAAUAUGCAGGUUUACUGGGUAGGGCUUGUCCGGCGGCGGUAUACGAGUACGUAGACGAUGAAGGUGGUGCGAGUGCAGAGGAAGGAUGGGAUGGCAAAAAAUUGAUCAUCAACUCUCAGAAUUGUAUCCACUGUAAAUUGUGUGAUAUUAAAGUUCCAACAGAGGACAUAAACUGGACUGUGCCAGAAGGCGGUGGUGGACCAAAAUACAAAUUCUGCAAAUACUUGGCUCGUGCUUCAUCCGGUAUGUGGAAUGAAAACUCAAGUGAACAAUAUGGCCAGGAGAGUUCGCAAUCCAGGAAGGUAAAACACGCUACUUAUACACGUUGUUAA